UGAUAAUUUUGUCUUCUAAGGGCCGUAAACUCAGUGAAAAUGAGUGAAUUUAUUGAAAAACGUCGCGAGCUUUCAAUCCACGAAUAUGAGUUUAUGAAACACCUAAAAUUGUUCGCGCCAGAUGAAAUACGUGAGAUAAAAAACAAGCGGCUCCAUCAUGAGCACCGAAUUGAACGGCGCGCAAAGGAACUUACGGAUUAUAUCAACUAUAUCGUUUUCGAAAGCAGUCUGUUGCAAUUGAUCAAGGAAAGACGAAGAAAGCUUCGGGUUACUGAGGGUUCGCAUAAUCUAGAACACAGCAUACAAAACCGAACUAAGAUGCUAUACAAACAAGCAAUGAAUCGCUUUCCGGGGGAUUAUAGAAUUUGGGUGCACUAUCUUAAACACUGUGGAAAGAAUAAUUAUAAAACUGAAGCCUCCCGCACGCUGGAUAAAAUGCUAAAUUUUCACGGAGAUAAACCCGCGGCUUGGAUGAGUGCUGCCAAAUGGGAAUACAUACAAAUGUACAAUCUCGAACGUACCAAACACUUCAUGUUCCGCGGCUUACAGCGACAUCCAGAUAGUCGAGAAAUGUAUGUGUGCUUUUUGCAGCUGAUGAUAAAAGAAGCAGAAAAAAUAGCCAAACGUAUCAAAAAACAAGGAGAUACAGACAAAGCAAAUGGAGAGUUGAGCAAAGCUUUAGAGUGCCUUCAGCUUAUCUAUCAACAUUACAAUGCAAAGGAGACGGAUCUGGACUUUUUUGUUGAUUUGAUUCCCUGCUUAAAGGAAUCUGAUGCAACUAAAAGUUUUGGGAAAGAUGUCCUAAAAGAGAUGAAAAAAACCUUUGCACAAAAAGAACUAAUGUGGCAUACGCUUGCACAGCUGGCCUAUGAAGAUUCGUAUCUUGUGGAAGAAACUUCUGCCACGCAAGCAAAGAAGCCCUUUGAGGAAUGUUUGAAACAAUGUGUUCAAACUUAUAAAACUGCUGUUGAAGCAUUACCCACGGCACAAAUGUGGAGUUACUACAUAGAUGCGAUGCUAGAAGUGAAUAACGAUAUGUCAAGCUAUCCAAAGCUUCGCCGAAAAUCUUUAGCGGAAGCAUUUAAAAAUGCUUACGAAAACAGUUCGCUGGACGAACAGAAACUGAUUCAAUAUCUCAAGCUCCUAACCUAUGCUGAUAAACGCAGUGAUUCAUUUGUGGCAGAGGUAUUUCAAAAAGCUUUAAAUGCUUACCCCAAUUCUGGUCAACUGUGGGAACUUCGUCUCAAAGAUGCUGUCCGAAAUGAAAUGUCCGCCGAUGGCUUUGACAGCCUCUUCAAACAAGCUAUCAACAAGUGUGCCGUCGAAGAUGCUCUUUCUCUCUGGAUUGUUCGUUGUCAGUACUAUCAAACUCAGCCUGUUUUGUCUGAAAAGCUGCGACAGGUGUUCCGCGAAGCGAUUCAACAACCGAAUUUGGAAAUUUCACAGCACUUUCAACCGGUCUUUCUAAAAUAUCUAGUGGUGACAACGAAUAUUGACAACGCUCGUAAGGAAUAUCGUGAAAUGCAGCGAAAUUGCAUUCCUUGUUUGGAACUUCACCGAAAGAUGGCCGAACUAGAAUUAAUACAGGUGCAACCGAACUCUGAUCAGCUACGGUUAGUUCAUGAAAACAUUACGCAGUACUUUGGCAGUUCGAGAAUAGAAGUCUGGAUCGAUUAUAUCAACUUCGAGCGUACCCAUGGUUCUCCUAAAAACAUGCAGUCCCUUUAUGAGCGUGCUAAAUCGCGAUUGGACUGUGAGCUGGUAGCCAGUUUUAUCGCUCAGUACGAGUUAUUGAAAAAUUCACUUAUCUAACCCUUACUUUGUAUUUACAAUAAACUGUU